UAGAGUAAAAAAUCAUGCCAGUCACACACUCACACUCACAAGCCGAUAUCAGAGCCCGAAAUUAAGCCGACAUAUAUUCAAACCGAAAGUACGAAAAACCCUUAAAAACAUGUCAUCAAGCUUCAAGUCGAGAAUUCCGGAACGCGUUAGGCACUCGCUCACGGCACUGGAUGGUCCACAUUCGCGCGAGGUUGCUCCACCAAAUCGCUGUUCGCUGAACCGCUCCCAGUUGCCGCUGCCGAUCAGCAAAACGCUGAACGCUUUGGUGAAGCAGACGCAGACACAGACGCCGGCUAAAGUAGUGUGCAAGAAACCGGAACCGGAAGCGGAAACGGAAGCGGUGAUCCGUUCGCUGGUGCGACGUUCACGACCGCCGGCAGUUCGGGGCAAUCGUACAUCCUUUCGGCGCAUCCAGUUGGCUCACGGUUCACCAGUGGCCAGUGCCUCCUUGCUGAUGAAACCCACCAGUAGUUACAGCAACGCCAAUUCCCGUUUGCAAAAACCCAUCAAGGUGGCAAGUCCGGUUGCUCCAAAAAAGGAAGUGAAUGGGGAUCAUACCACCGACAAUCUGCCGUCCGCAAAGGGUCUGCUCGAACUGGUGGCCGGUAAAUGGCAACCGGAUAUGGAACAAAUGCGCUUCUUGUGCAGCGAUCAUCGCCUGAUCAAUGUGCCCAGUCCCCUGAUGUACUGCCAUUCGGAGGUGAUGAGGCAAUUGGAAGUGGAGAAGCAGCCCAUUGAGUUGCGGUCCAUUCGAUCGGUGACCCUGCUACGCGUCAUCAUGUGGAUGCAUCAAAAGACUCUAAGCAGUAAUGGAACUGAGAACAGUGCGGUGGCGCCACCUACAGUUGAGGAGCUGAGUCUUUGCGCUAAUCCAGAAGGAAACGGAAGUACGAAAAGCGAGAACAGUUGUCAACUCAGUGAGAACCCUCAAGAUAAUUCUCAAAGCAUGGUAAAUUCCAUAUGUCAGAUCCACGGCGAGAAAAUCAAACAUAGUUGCAUGAAAACACUUAACAAUUCAGGAGGUGUGAAAAAUCAAAUAGGCAAUGACUACACAACGCUCAGAAAUGAAGUUAACGAGAACAGCCGUGAAAGCAAUGAAAACACCAAUCAAAGUAAUGAAAGCUUAGACAAAAAUUCAGGUAACACCUGCACUCAAACAAGCGACACCAAAAAAAGUUUCGAAAACAAUGAGCAGAGUCAAGAAAAUUAUAAGGUAGAGUGUGCCACAGAUACAAUAUGUAAUGGAUACAAACGAUGCGAAAAUGAAAAAACCGAAAACUGCACAAUCCCAAAUGAUAAUGUAGAAAAUGGUGAAAAGGAAAUCAUUAAUAAGGGGAUCAUUCAAUUAAAUCCAAAAAGCGAAAACACUGAAAACAAAAAUAGGCACAGCUUAAAAAAAAGUGACAAGAAAGAUGCAAAUUUAAAUGGAAGUAGUCAAGAUUAUUCUGUAAUUAGUGAACAAAAUAUCAAAAUUGGCAACGAGAAUAGCACGGGGAUCGAAACUUGUGAGGAAGGGCGAAGUAUCGAAGGUGAAAGCAGUUAUUUAGGCAGUGCAGAUGAAAAUCUAUUUAGUGAACAAGCGAUGCAAAAUUUUGAUGGUGUAAAGGAAAGCAACGAAAAUAGAAGGUGUAUAGGUGACAAUGGCAAUGACAAGGGCGAUCAAUGCGUAAAUAACUUAAAUGGAAUGAAGCACUCUUCAUUUCUUCUUUGCUCCUGGGAGGAGCGUUUGUUGGGCAGCGAACUGUACCAGCUGGUGGAGCUCAUCCUGGCAGCCCAUUACUUGGGCAUCGAGUCGCUGACCCUGAACGCCAUUCAACAUUUCGACGAGCUAAUGGCUCAAAGGACUCGAUCGGAAUGCUGCCUGAUGCUGAGGAUCAAGACACGAUUGGCGGGUGAGCGCCAAUUGGAAAACCAUCGACCCUUAACUAGGGGGGAUACGCUGUCGCAGGGACGCAGGGAUCGAAAUUAUCAGGCAGAUAGGGCUGAAACAAGGAAGCAUCACUUCGAUCCCAAUAAUCGUAUAGCCAGGAUGGCCAGGCAACAUCGAUCGAACGGAAGGCCAGCUGGAGGAGGAGGAGGCGGCAGCGGAGGAGGAGUUGGAGGAGGAAUGGGAGGUAGACUGAAUGCCAUAGACAUGCCACGACAUCGCCACCAUCAGUACUGUUUCCAAUCUAGGAUUUAAACUCAAAACUUUUGGAUUGUAUAGGCAAUAGACCUUUUAUACUUUCA